AUGGAUCUGAACCCCAAGUACGACAACUAUGAUUUCCCCAUCAAGGGCCCUGAGAAGCAGGAUGGCCACGCCGGCUACCUCACAGAGGACCAGAUCGCCAAGCUUCACCAGUUCCGCAUGAUGCUCGAGUCCGAAGGUUGCACUGAUCGAUUGGACACCUUGACGCUGCUUCGAUUCCUCCGAGCGCGCAAGUUCGAUGUCGAGGCCGCCAAAGCCAUGUUCUUGGAUACUGAGAAAUGGCGAAAGGAGGUUAAGCUUGACGAGACUGUGCCCAUCUGGGACUACCCCGAGAAGGCUGAGAUCGGAAAGUACUACACUCAGUUCUACCACAAGACCGACAAGGAUGGACGACCCAUCUACAUCGAGACGCUUGGAGGCAUUGAUCUGACCGCCAUGUACAAGAUCACCAGCGCUGAUCGCAUGCUCCUGAACCUCGCUGUCGAGUACGAGCGCGUCGCCGAUCCGCGUCUUCCUGCCUGCUCCCGCAAGGCCGGCCACCUCCUCGAGACAUGCUGCACCAUCAUGGACCUCAAGGGCGUUUCCAUCACCAAGGUGCCCCAGGUCUACUCCUACGUCCGACAGGCCUCUGUCAUCUCCCAGAACUACUACCCCGAGCGCCUCGGCAAGCUGUACAUGAUUAACGCCCCCUGGGGUUUCUCCACCGUCUGGAGUGUUGUCAAGGGCUGGCUCGACCCCGUCACCGUCUCCAAGAUCAACAUUCUCGGCUCUGGAUACAAGAGUGAGCUCCUCAAGCAGAUCCCCGCCGAGAACCUCCCCAAGCAGUUCGGUGGCGAGUGUGUGUGCGAAGCUGGCUGUGAGAACAGCGAUGCUGGUCCUUGGCACGACCCUGAGUGGGCUCGUCCCGCCUGGUGGGAGAAGAAGCAGGAUGCCAACGUCAUCGAGAACAAGGGAUCUGAGAUUGAGGAGCCCGCAAAGGCUCCCGAGGCUGCUCCAGCUGCCGAGGGUGCUGAUGCUACCCAGACUGCUCCUGCCCCUGCCCCUGCUGCCGCUUAA